AUGAAGGCCACCAAAAACACUCACCCAGAGGCGGGCUCCAACACUGGUGACCCUCAUCCAGAGGUGGACCUCAUCCCUGGUCACCUUCACCCAGAGGUGGAACCCCAGCACAGUUACCCUCUCCCAGAGGUGGACCACAACCCUGGUGACCCUUGCCCAGAGGUGGACCCCAUCCCUGGUGAUCCUCACGCCCAGAGGUACCACAACCCUGGUGACCCCUGCCCAGAGGUGGACCCCAUCCCUGGUGAUCCUCACCCAGAGGUGGACCCCAACCCCAGUGACCCUCGUCCAGAGGGUGCAAAGUGUCGGGAAUCCCACUGCGGGGGGGCAGCCGUUCGCACCCACUUCGCCAAGGUGCUGAGGGCAGCCGGAGGUGCCAGGCGGCAGGGGGGACGGGGGACGGGGGGUGACCACGGGCGGGUGGCACAGCUGCUGUCCCUGCAGGCCACCCAGAUGUGCCCGGUGGUCACCCCUGGGAUGUCGGCACAAGGGGAGAGAGCUUCCCCCGCCACUUCCCCUCCCACGGCCGAGCCAGGAGACUGUGACGAGCUCUGGGUGCACAGAGCCAGCGCCGGAUUCCUGGCACCGGCAGGGUGGCCGGGAGCCAUCGCCCGCCUCCUCUCUGCUCGGCCCCACUCGCGUCCCGCCGUUCCCCAGGGCCUGCCGAGCCGCAGUGGGCACCGCGCGGCGACGCUGGCACAGCCACGCAGACCCCAGCCCUCCCCUGCCCGCCACGCUGCUGGAUCCUGGGCCAGCGGGUACGCCGGGAGACAGGAGAGGGGACAGGCUUUUCCAUGGUGUCUGCUCACUGCCCACCCCCCCGCCGACCCUCGCCAGCCUGGGCACAUGUGGGCGAAGAGCGGGACCGGUGCUGGGUGCUGCUCUCUCAGCCUCCUCCACGGCUGCCCCCUCCCCUACCCGGGCAAGGGAACCCAGCAGAGGAACCGCCGGGGGAAGCCAGCAGGGAAAGUGAACUGCAAGAACAUGAAGCAGGACUGCCCCGUGCCCGCCUGUCCCCGGGCCACGCUGCUGCCGGGGCACUGCUGCCACACCUGCCCCAAAGCCUUGCCAGCCCCCCUGGAGAAGACCCCCGUGCCCCCCUUCGACACCUUCGAGUACUUCCAGGACAAGGAGGACGACCUGGACAAGCCCUACAACGACCGCUCCUACCUCAGCUCUGAGGGGCUGGCCCGCGACGAUGCCCGCACAGAGUUCGUGGCCUUGCUGACGAGCGGCCCGGAGCCGUGGCACCCCACAUCCAGCGCAGUGGCCAAGGCUCGCUUCACCCUGUUGCGCUCCUACCUGCUCUUCUCCAUCAGCUACGAGCGGCUGGGGCGGCCGAGCCGGGUGCGUUUCAGUGACCCCGAGGGCAACGUGCUGUUCGAACACCCCGUGCAGAAGAGCGCUGCCCCUGAGGAUGGCAUGCUCUGCGGGAUGUGGAGGACAGUGUCCAAGGCCAAUGUCCAGCUGCUGCGGGGGGAGCAGCUCCGCAUCUCCCUCGUCACCCGGGCGCAGCCCUCCGGAGAGGUCCACGGGCACAUCCUCAAGCACCGGGCGCUCUUCGCAGAGACGUUUGGUGCCAUCCUGACCUCGUUGGACCCCGCGCACCUGGGCACUGGGGGCAUGGCCAUGCUGACGCUGAGUGACACCGAAAACAACCUGCACUUUAUCCUCAUGGCCCGGGGGCUGCUGGAGCCCGGCGUGGGGGGUGAGGGCACCCUGCAGGGCCUGGCACUGCCCCAGGGGGCUGCGCAGGAAUCCCCCUGGGUCCCGCUGCGGGUCCGCAUCCUGCACCAGGGCCAGAUGCUGCGGGAAGUCCGCGCCAACAUCACCGUGGAGGACCCUGACUUCGCAGAGGUGCUGAGCGAGCUGUCUGCCCACGAGCUGCAGUGGCUGGUGCAGGGGCAGCUCCGCAUCGUGGCUGAGACGGAGGGUCGGCAUGCACGCCAGCUGGCGGGCACCAUCACCACCCGCCGCAGCUGUGACACCAUCCAAAGUGUGCUGUGCGGAGCGGAUGCCUUGCUACCAACCAAGACAGGGGCCGUGGGCUCAGCCAAGCUGGCCCUUCACGAGAAUGGCACCCUGGAGUACCAGGUGCAGGUGGUGGGCACCGCCAGCGAGGUCGUGGGCAUCACACUGGAGACCAAACCCCGGCGGAAGAGCAAGAGGAAUGUCCUGUUCGACAUGACACCCAGCUACAAGGAUGGGCUGGCCCGGGGCACCUGGCAGAGCCCCAGCGCCCGUGAUGCCCACAUGCUGCUGCAGAACGAGCUCUUCCUCAAUGUGGCCACCAAGGACUGGGCGGAGGGCGAGCUGCGGGGCCAGGUCAUCUCCCUGCCCUACAGCGGGCUGCUCGCCCGCUACACAGAGAUGCCCGUGGCGCUGGCGGGGCAGCUGGUGUCCCCCCCGGUGGGCAGCGGCGCCGGGGGGCAUGCCUGGCUCUCGCUGGAUGAGCACUGUCACCUGCACUACGAGAUCUCGGUGGCAGGGCUGGGCCGCCCGGCCGACAGCACCGUCAGCGCCCACCUCCAUGGGGUGGCUGAGCUGGGCGAGAUGGGCACCCGUCCCCACCAGCACAAGCGCCUGCUCAAGGGUUUCUACAGCACCGAGGCUCAGGGGGUGGUGAAGGACCUGGACGCCGACCUGCUGCAGCACCUGGCCCAGGGCACUGCUUUCCUGCAAGUCAGCACCAAAGCCCACCCCCAUGGGGAGAUGCGGGGACGGGUGCACAUCCCCAACCGGUGCUAUGCAGGAGGGACCCGCCUGGCCCCAGGGGAGGCCGAGCUCUCCGAGGGCACCAAGCCCAGGGACCUGGAGCAGCUGAAGAAGGACCCCAACUCCUGCUUCUUUGAGGGGCAGCACCGGGCGCACGGCACCCGCUGGGCACCCGACUACGACAAGAAGUGCUCCAUCUGCAGCUGCCAGAAGCGUACGGUGAUCUGUGACCCCAUCCUGUGCCAGCCCCUCAACUGUACCCGCCAGGUGCACCCCGAGGAGCUGUGCUGCCCCAUCUGCGAAGAGAAGAAGAUGGGGCAGGAGGAGCUGAAGCUGGAGCGGGCACGGGACAGUAGUGAGGGCUGCUACUUUGACGGGGACAAGACAUGGCGAGGCUCUGGCACGCGCUGGCACCCUGUUGUGCCCCCCUUUGGCCUCAUCAAAUGUGCCAUUUGCACCUGCAAGGGCACCACGGGUGAAGUGCACUGCGAGAAGGUGCAGUGCCCACGGCUCACCUGUGCCAACCCCGUGCGCGCCAGCCCCUCCGACUGCUGCAAGCAGUGCCCAGCCCCAGAGAAGAGCGUCCCCGAGCUGGCCGACACCAUGCAGGCGGACGGGCCACGGGCGUGCCGCUUUGGACGUCGUUGGUACCUCAACAACGAGAGCUGGCACCCCUCCGUGCCGCCCUUCGGAGAAAUGAAGUGUAUCCUGUGCUGGUGUGUGGUGAGUGUGCUAGGCCUCAGGCGGCACCGGGGGAAAAAGGUGCCCCCGUGA